CACUGGUAAUUGUGAAACAACAAUCGGACCGAGUGGAAGUCUAUUCAUUGCUGCACAAUUCAUCAUUCUAUUGAUUCUAUUUUGGUAUGGAGGCCAAACGAAUGGCCGGAUGGUGCGGAUUCCUAGUAUUCUUUGCCAGCACUUUGUUUCUUGUUCCCGUCUUUUAUGGCCACACGCUGACGACACUUAUGCAACAGUUUCGGACAGUUGUUGGUGUCGCUACGGAGUCUAAAUGGAUAACAUUUCUUCAACUGGUUGGAACGGACGACUGGAAUUUGUACGUCUGGGGUAUUGUGCUGUCUAUCCAAAUUCCAUUUUGGAGUGUUGGCAUCUUGUUCGCUUUUCUGGACUACUACAACUGGCCCAAAUGGAUUAUGAGAUACAAAAUUCAGCCAGGUACCAACGAGCCUGUCGACUUAAAUAAACUUGCCGAGACCAUCAGGGUAGUGCUGGUCAAUCAGUGGGCCAUCGCUUUUCCACUGCUCGUCGCCAGCUAUUAUUUCCAGAAAAUGAUUAACAGAAUGCCAGAAAUUCAAGAGCUACCAACCGUCGAGCGCACGUUAAUUGAUUUUUUGGUCUUGUUCAUUUUUGAGGAGGUCGGAGUUUAUUAUGUGCACAGACUGAUCCACCAUCCCAAACUGUACAUCCGAGUUCACAAGAAACAUCACGAAUGGCGCGCACCUGUCGCCAUAGCCUCCAUGUAUAGCACCGGCACGGAAUAUUUCUUGCUCUUGAGUGCAGCAGCUAUGGGUCCGCUCCUAAUGAACCCUCACAUAAUUACGCAAUGGGUGUGGUACGCUUUCGUUCAGCUGAGGAGCGUGAAUGAACACACGGGCUACGAGUUCCCGUGGUUGCCAUCUGCCGAGCAUCACAACUACCACCACAUAAUGAGCAAUGCCUGUUACAGUCAUUCCUAUUUCCUAGACUGGCUCCAUGGAACGGAUAAAGGUUUCAAAUCUUACAUUCGCAAGAAGUCUCAUAUCAAGUAGGUUAGAUCAUAAAUGAAUCACGGGAAAUGAUGAUUAAAGACUCAUGCUUCAGAAUUAAGCUGUCAGCAUAUUUAAUUUAUUUAUAACCUUAUUGGCGUUAUUGGCUCUGUAUUAACACAUAAAUCACAAAACACAUCUAGUUAUUCCAUUCUAUUAUUAGAAAUGGUCGUUGUACUUGUACAUACGAAGAGAGCGGGGGUUGAAUCAAGGUUGAAUCAAGGUUGAUCAAUUGUAAUCAUUGUAAUACAAAUUCGAAUUCGAUUUGAUCC